AUGGAAGCGUCGUCGCGAUGGAGAGUGACGUCGUCUGUGGGUGGCCGAUUCCCGGGCGUUGAUCCUGUGUUCUUCAAGGAUCGCAGCCGGGUUGCUGUAGCCACGGCCCUCGCGAUCAAAAUCUAUCAGCUCAACACCAAGCAGGUUGUUGCAAAGAUUCCCAUUGACGGGUUUGAUAUUUCCCAGUUGUACUUGACAUCAGACGAGUCUACGUUCUAUGUGGUCCGAGGAAAUGGAAAUGUUGACAGGAUUGGCGUUUUGGAGAACAGCAGCGUCCGGCUUUCCUUCUCUAGAAAAAUUGCCCAUAUCAUUAGCGAUUUGGAGUCCCAGAUUACCGCUGUGGUGCAGGCACCAGAAGGACUUGGUAUUGCGGUUUUGGGAUCAGAUAACGAAUAUGACGAGAUCCACUUUGAAAAACACGCCGAUAUUUUCGCCCUGUCUCACAACAAGGAACAUGCGGCUUUCGCUUACCGCAGAGCUAAAGAUACUAUCAUCUCUUGCGUGAAUGUACCUGCCAGAGUAGUUACCAAGGUCAAUCGUGACAGACGCACGCAUUCAAUUGCUAUUUCUAACAAAGGUUUGUUAGCGGUCGGUGCUCCCACUGGUGUUAUCGAUGUAUAUUAUUCCAAGGGUAUUCGGACCCUCAAGUGGCAUUUGGAAAGAGUGCAGGCACUGUUUUUCUCGAGCAACGACGAUUAUUUGCUCUCAGGUGGUAAAGAGCGGGUCUUGGUGUUUUGGCAGCUUGCUACUGACCGCCAGCAGUUCUUGCCCCGUCUUGAUGGAGAUAUUACUUCAAUCUGCUCAAACACUGGAAACACUCUUUACGGUGUCACUCUGGCAAACAAGCAGCUGUUGUUUUUAUCCGCUAUCGAGCUCACUUCUCGGUUGCAAGUCGCCGGGACAAAGGCAUAUAUGGCCAAAAACCCUGAGCGAGAGCGUCGUAAGAGAAAGAAGGCCAAGGCCGCCGAAGGUAUGCUUGCCAGUGACUUUACGACCCAAUUCACCAUUCACCCCGGUACACGAAGCGUUUACAUGUUCAGCGAUAUGCAGACUGACGAAGAUUCCACUGGGCCCGGAUGCCAAGUUCAAAUCUAUAACCCUUCGCGUGACGAGCAGGAAGGAGUGUUCUCGGUUGCUCCUACCAUCCAGCAAGGUAAGGUUCGCAAGGAACAGAAGCUUCCUGAUCCUGACACUACUUGCUUGGAGUUCACUCAUGACGGAAAGUAUAUGAUCACCAUCGAUGUUACACCACCAAUGCCUGUUGACAAUUUGAUGAGCCGCCAUGACCUCAAAGUGAACUUGAGGUUCUGGAAACAAGAUCCUGAAACCAAUAAGUGGGUUGUAACCACCCGUGUUUCCUCUCCACAUGGUGCUGGAAAGCGUGUUUUGACCGUGUGCCCCAGUGCCAGCAGCAGUUCUGUUCUUACCGCUUCUGAGGACGGUGGAGUUCGUAUGUGGCGACCAGACGAGUCCACAGGGACCUGGUCUGUCCGCAAGAUUCUGCCCGCAUUCAAUCUCAAGUCUAAAGCAGUCCAACUUGCCUGGUCUCGGGACUCGUCCGUUAUUGCUCUUGGGUUCGAGACAAGUGUUUAUUUGAUCGACGCACAAAGAUUCAAAGUGCAUCAGGUAGUGCCCAAUAUUUUGGCCUCGCGGGUUCGGGGGCUUGCUUUCAUGGGCAACUAUCUUGCAGCACUUUCCAAAACAAGCCUGGUUAUUUGGGAUAUCGUGGCUCACCAUCAGCUCUGGUCUCUUGGGCUGGAGAUGGCCAUGAACGGCAACCGGCUGAUGACUGUUGACCCUCAAACCAAUGAAAUGGCUCUGGUAGUAAACUACUGGACAAACGAGUACUCUCUGCAAUCGAAAGUUUUGAUUUUCGACGCGGCUAGCCCGGUGCCCAAAGCCAUCAUUGACAAUGCAACAGCCAUCAGUGCUAUAAGACACGUUCGGGGAACUUCAAGUUACUAUUUUAUUAGCACCCGGGGUGUGAUCAGUAUUUUAGCUGGAGCAGUUGCUCCGGAAUCUGCCAACAAGCCCGAUUUGCAAUCUACGCUUUCCACCCUUUAUGUCGAGUCGAAGGCCGAUUACGACGACAUGGUCCUGGACGAACAGGUCGACAAAGUGCUCAACUUUAACUCAUUUGACAAGGUGUUUGACGGUGACAGCACCAAUUUGGAUGCUCUAUUCGAUAAGGUCAUGACUCUCAUCGCAUCUUGA